AUGGAUCCAUCUUUGCGCCCUCUGGCUCUGCUGACGCUCGGGGCUCUGUGCGCUCUUGGCGGCUGCUCACCACACGGCGCGUCCGAAACGGUACCAACCCAGGCAGCUGGGUUAAAAGUGAAGAGAGCGAGAGGAGACAAUCCAGACUUCCUCCCAGAACCCGAGCCGACACACGCCACCUCAGACUUCGAAAAUUCAUACAACUACGUCUUGUCCAGACUGGCCAGUUUAGACCAGUCCAUCCACAAGCUCAAUGUGGGACAAUACACACUGGACGUCAAGGUCAGCCAGUUCAUCGACCGCCUCUCCAGGGUGGAUGCUAAAGUAGUGGAGCUGGAAGACAAUAUUCGGGAAGUCCAUCAACACAGCAAAGACAACCGCAAGGAGCUGGGGAGACUCGAAGGCUGUCAGAAAGGCCGCCGCGUGGGCUACAAGUGCUACCUGGUCUACAACACUAAAGAGGACUACGCCGGAGCCUCCAGGAAGUGUCUGGAGCGAGGCGGGCGGAUGGCCAUGCCGCGGGACCGCAAGGAGCAGGAGGCGCUGGCCGACUACGUCAAGACCUUCUUCCACCCCGGGAACUGGCCGGUCUGGCUGGGCAUCAACGACCUGCGCUCCGAGGGCACGUACGUGUUCGACGACGGCACCGGAGUCUCCUACUUCCAAUGGCGCCGGCACUUCCUGUCCAGCCAGCCCGACGGCGGCAAGAGGGAGAACUGUGUGUCCAUGUCCUCGGACGACGGGGACUGGUGGGACCACUACUGCGACCGCUCCAUGAACUAUCUGUGCGAGUUUGACGACAGGGUGGGCCUCUGA